AUGGGUGUAGGGAAAGUAAAUAGUAUUGUUGCCGGUCGUAAGCUAACAACAGCCAGCAGAAGGACACAGAGUGGAAUGGGCGGGCCCCUGAUGAAGUCCCAAACUCUACCUCGAUCGAUGGGCAGGUCAUCAUCGCAGCCGAACAGCUCGAACGGUGGCUACAGUAGAUAUCCAAUGAAGCCGGCAUCCACACCGCCAGCUGUCAAACGACAAUUAUCUGGCGCAUAUCAGGUACCGGCAAACGGUUCACCAGUAAGAAGAGCAGUAAGUGGCGGCUCGCAGCGAGGCACGCCUACUAGAAGUCGAACCCCGCAGUCGACGCUGUCAGUACGAGGUGUUGAUCCCAAGCUGGUCCAACUUAUACUGGACGAAAUUGUUGAAGGUGGACCUAAGAUACACUGGGAGGAUAUCGCUGGGCAGGAUGCAGCAAAGCAAGCGUUACAGGAAAUGGUGGUGCUACCCUCCUUAAGACCAGAAUUGUUUACGGGUUUGCGGUCUCCUGCUAAAGGGCUAUUACUAUUCGGACCACCAGGAAAUGGUAAGACUUUAUUAGCAAGGUGUGUAGCGGCGGAGUGUUCAGCGACGUUCUUCUCAAUAUCUGCCGCCACUCUUACAAGCAAGUACGUUGGUGACGGGGAGAAGAUGGUGCGAGCGCUCUUUCAAGUCGCGAGGGAGCUGCAGCCGUCAAUAAUAUUUGUGGAUGAAGUGGACUCCUUGUUAUGCGAGCGGUCAACGGGCGAGCAUGAGGCGUCACGAAGACUUAAAACCGAGUUCUUGGUGGAGUUUGAUGGGUUACCUGCUGCGGGGGCAGACAGACUUAUUGUUAUGGCCGCCACUAAUCGCCCUCAAGAGUUGGAUGAAGCUGCUUUGAGACGAUUUCCCAAACGCGUGUACGUUACGUUGCCGGAUUCACGUACGCGUGGAGCUCUGUUGCGUCGCGUGCUUUCCCGUGGGUCAGCGGCCGCUUCUAUCAGUGAGGAUGAACUGGCGAGACUCUCUGCACUAACAGAUGGAUAUUCGGGCAGCGAUCUUACUGCCCUCUGUAGGGAUGCUGCGUUGGAUCAACUAGAUCCAGAAGAAGUUAAAUGCCUGGAUCUCUCGCUCGUUCGUAACAUAAUGUACCAGGACUUUAUGGAUGCGUUGAAGCGAAUUCGGCCGUCGGUGUCGCCGCACAGUCUUGUCGCGUACGAGAAAUGGUCCGUGCAAUACGGCGAGCUUGGCGUAUGA